UCAUCACUAUGCCAAUCAUUGUGAUUUAUCACAUUCUCUUCACCACACAAACCCUAGGCUCCAUCAUCACUGACGUUAACAGAAGAUCGAUCGAUCGAUCAAACAAUGGCGUCUUUAUCUGCUUCUGCUGCUCUUCUUUCUUCAAACCCUAGAUACAUUUCCCCCAAAUCAUCCAAUCUAUCUCAAACCCUAAGUUUCCUCGGCUCUUCUUCCGUCAAUUUCCGAUCCAAAUCUCUCCGCUCCGCCCUCGCCGUUCGUCCCUCGGCCUCCCGUUGCAACGGAUCCCUUAUCAAAGCUGCACUACCAUUAGUUGGAAAUAAGGCACCAGAUUUUGAAGCAGAAGCUGUUUUUGAUCAAGAAUUCAUCAAAGUUAAGCUCUCUGAUUAUAUCGGGAAGAAAUAUGUCAUUCUCUUCUUCUACCCUUUGGACUUCACUUUCGUUUGUCCAACCGAAAUCACUGCUUUCAGUGACCGUUAUGCUGAAUUUGAGAAGAUAAAUACCGAAAUAUUGGGGGUUUCCGUAGACAGUGUGUUCUCCCAUCUUGCAUGGGUUCAAACAGACAGAAAAUCCGGAGGUCUUGGUGAUCUGAACUACCCAUUAGUUUCGGAUGUAACCAAGUCAAUUGCGAAAGCUUUUAAUGUGUUGAUCGAAGACCAGGGAAUCGCGUUGAGAGGACUUUUCAUAAUUGACAAAGAAGGCGUUAUUCAACACUCCACGAUCAAUAAUCUUGCAAUUGGUAGAAGUGUAGAUGAAACAAUGAGAACACUUCAGGCAUUGCAAUAUGUACAAGAGAACCCCGAUGAGGUAUGCCCAGCUGGAUGGAAGCCAGGGGAGAAAUCAAUGAAACCAGACCCUAAACUCAGCAAGGAGUACUUUGCAGCAGUAUAAUUUUGGGAGCACUUGUGGAAAGAAACAAGAUCUCCUGCCUUGUGAAAUUGGAGUUAUGAGUGUAUCUUGUUUUAAAACAUUGUUCUAUCUAAUGAGGUUUUGGCAUAAUAAAUUUGUGGUUAUAUAAUAAAUGAAUGAUUUAACAAGUAUAUUUAAAAAAAAAGGUUAUUGGAUUUUA